ACGUCUACGACGUGACCACCUACUGGAAAUGCUUCCUGGCUGCCAUGCUUUAUCCUAAGAAAUCAGUUGAUGUGUCGUCGCUUUCCAGGUUGGUAUAUUCAUCGCGUCGGAACGGACACAAGAUUGAAAUACAUGCUGGCACUACUUGUUUCGCAUCUACUUACUCCUCCUAAAAAGUCGUAUUUUACUGUCGUGCCGCAUUGGCAACUCAUAGAUUCAAUCAUUUGUUGAAGGCAGAGGUACCAUCCCUAUCCUCCAGUCCGUUUCGUGAGGCAGUUCUGUGGGCCUGGACAGCGAAAUAGAAAUUUUCUUUGAAACUCGUUCGACUUACAUUCGGUACCUGCUUUGCUUCGCGACGGACGAGAAUCCGAAACCCUACUUGUCUUCCGAUCUCAGCCUGUAUGAGGGCACCUUCCAAGUCAGCAGCGUGGCUUCGGCGGGCACCGACGGACCGGCUACUUCCGCAUCCGUUUUUCCGGGCAGAGCGCAAGAAACCGCGAGCAGUGACCAAGAAGGUCACAGUACUUCUGCCACGGUAGCAAGUCGAAACCUGUUUGCCACGGUGGGCGGCUGGGUGUUUUACUUGGGGGUCGUGCAGAUCGUUAUUGGUGCGGUUUGCGGCUUCCUAAGCGGGGUCUUCAUUUUGCUACACCGAGCGCUGGUGCAGUAUUUCAUGAAGCCGUACAUUCUCCAGGGAGGCGGUUCGCGCAAGCGGCGGGAGCGCAAGUCGGCGGGGAAAAGGAUCAUAGAAUAUGUAAGCCGCACAUACGACAGGCUGACAACAGGCGCCAGGCUAUCCACCCCGAGCGACACGAAAAAAUCGCAAAUUAUGGGCGGCGAUGUUGCAGAGAAGAACGAACGCAACGAAGAACGAGAAGAUGCUGCCGCUCCCACGAAACAAAAGCAGCACGAUGCUGGGAACAACUACGUUUCCGCCGAUACUUUCAGUGUCAACGUGCCCGACGAAGUAGAUGCGGAUGCGAAGUCCAGAGCUCAUGAUGGCGAAGGAGCAGGCGCCACAAAAACAUUCGCCGCCGCACGCCCGCCCUCUCUCCUGCGGCAACGCAUCUCAGGGCAUUUGGCUGAGUUGCAGCAGGACAAGCGCUCGACGACACGGACCACCGUCUCUGCUGAUCGAGCAGGCUUCGGUGAGGACCGAGAGGCCCACACUCCCGGAGACGCGAGGGCCCGCACCAUAGGCGUCGCGAUUGGACAGGAGCACCAGGAUCUCGAACACCAGCACCACCUCGACUCCGAUCCCGAGUACACGUCCGAAGCGGUGUCUACUUCCUCCUCGUCGGGAGACGACCGGCACCCGCAGCGGGAUCGCUUUCGGCACUCCGGCAAAGUGGUUCUUGCGAGACUGUUGAAACGCAAUUUGCAGAAGCACGCCGACGACCAUGACGGU